AUGGUUCCAAGGAAAACAAAGUCAAAAAUUAAGAAAAGUAUGCCCAAGGUCGUAAGCACUUCAGGGACAUUUAUCACUGAGAGGGAGCAGUACCUGCAGAAGGAAUAUGGCAUCCUGACAGAGCACAUCAAUACGUACACACAGCGCAUGGAACAUUUCCAGAGUGAAAAUGAGUUCCUGAACAAGGAAGCCCAGCAGAUAAGAGAGAAUAGUAAAGCCUACCUGGCCUAUUUAGCCAAGCGCACCCUCCGAUGCCAGAAUGCCAUAAUUACGUUGAAUGACCAGAACCGCUCAGACCUUGCACAUGUCCUGAAGCAGAAGGAAGAGCUGACUUCACAGUACACAGACAAGGAGACAGAAGUGAGGAGCCAGCUGAUAGAGAUGGAGACCAAGUACUCCCUCAUGAACAAGGAAGUCGAAGAGCUCAAGCCCUUCAAGGAGCUGCAGUCAGAGCAGCUAAGCCGGAUCCGGGAGCUGGAGAAGGAGCUUCUAGCUAUGAGGAUCCAGCACUCAGAACAAAUGCACAAGGUCAAGAGCAAAUUCCUGCAUCUGAAGGCGGAAUAUGAGGUGGAGUCUCAUCAGAAAGUCCAAGCUCUGGCCAAGAAGGCUGAGAAGGAAGCAGUGCGCAGCCUCAUCCAACACACCAAGCAGGUGAAAGCUGAGAACUGGCAGCUACGCAACGAACUAUUGAACCUCAUCAAACGAGCUCAAGGCCUGAAAGCUAUCAUGCACCAGCUGAAAGAGCAGAAGGAGCAGCUCCUGCGUGAGCUCCAGUAUGGGCAAGACCUGGCACGCAUGCACCACUGGUUAAAGCAGCAAGGGGCUCCAAAGGCCAGCACCACUUGCAGUAGCUGCUGGUCACCCAAGGACAAGCUAAACUCCUCUCGGGUGACAAGUGCUCACAGGUUCAUCAACAAGAAUCUAGAAUCUCCCACAGGGCUCCAAGCAGCAGCAGAGAGCUUGCCACCACUUAGGAAUCCGAAGAGCGGAGAUGGAGAGCCAACUGUGACUGCAAGCAGGCAGUCUCAAAAGCAUGCCCAGCCUACAUGA